UUUUUACGUUCGCAUUUUCAAGUCGAAUUCGUUGGGCGAAAGAUCUUCCGAUGUUCGCUUAAAAGUUUGAAAAAUCCGGCGCGAAUUUGUCGUUAUUGUUUUUUCGGUAUCGUGUUAAUUAUAAUUUUUGAGAUGACGAGUAUAUCGAUAGAAUAUCAAGUGAUGAGAUUCCUUGUUAUGGAUUGUAUAAUUUGAGUUUUCGUUUCGUGAGCUAGGUAUAUAGUUAAGAAUCUACGAUAUGAUUCAAAUAGCAAAUAUGGAGAGCUUUCGAACUGCUCAUUUUCGAAAAGUUUACGGUUUUCGGCGUAGUUCUUUUUUGUGUUGUUUUUUCAUCCUGUUCUACGCUAUGUAUUUAAUCACCGGAGCUUUAAUGUUCGCCGCUUUGGAGUCGCCUAUGGAGAGAAAAGCUCAGUAUAAAGCCAAAGAAAAGUUAACUCAAUUUUUAAUGGAGCAUUCUUGCAUCUCAAAAAAAGAACUAAACGAUCUUCUGACGGUGGCUCUGGAAGCGAACAAUAAUGGAGUCAGUUUUGAAGGCAAUGAUUCAUAUGCAUAUCCUAGCAGCGAAUCGAAUUGGUCAUUUUCUCAAGCUUUAUUUUUCACGGUUACCAUUUUGACUACCAUAGGUUAUGGACGAAUAACUCCCAGGACGACAGCGGGCAAGAUAUUCUGUAUAUUAUACAUCAUUGUAGGACUACCUUUGACAUUGACCCUCGGCACAGCGGUAGUACAACGAGUAAUGAUACCCAUACUCAUAUUCGAGCAAUUCCUCCACAAAAAGCUGGUCCAUACAAUGACUCCAUUUCAAAUAAAAAUGUUACACUUCAUCGUAGUUACUGCGUUCCUACUCAUAUUUCUGUUAUUCAUUCCGGCAUAUGUAUUUUCAACCAUAGAACCAGAAUGGAAUUAUCUUGAUGGACUAUACUAUUGUUUUAUCACGUUGACCACUGUUGGAUUGGGUGACUAUAUCCCAGGAGAUGUGCCUAAUCAGCAGUAUAGAGCGUUAUACAAAUUUUUUUCCACUGGUUAUUUGUUCUUUUCGUUAUUAUGCGUUCUCGUCAUCGUGACCAUGUUCAACGACAUCCCUCAAUUAAACAUAGGAGUAUUGUUCAAUCUGGAAAGCGAUACAGAUGGAGACAGUUCCGAAAGGGUUCAUUUAAACCGACGCCGUUCUUCAGUACGAAAUUACACUUCAGCAAGUACCAACGAUUUAGUAGGCUAUGAUCGAGUUACUACACAAACAAGCUUGCCAGAAUCUGUCGAGCCUUAAGUAAAGAUAACACGUCGUACCUAUGAUGAAGGGUAUGGGAAUUGUUUGAUAGAUUUGACGAACUGACCCGACAGAGAGUACCUAAUUUAUUUUCCAUCUUGGUUGAGAAAAAAAAUGACUCGAUCUUUUCUCUGAACGGUGUAGAAAGUAGCGGGGGAAAAAACCGUUGAAUAUGAAAGCAAACAGAUACCUACGUAAAUAUUUGUAUUCGUGUGUAUUGGUGCCUACAAUUUCGGUGUAGUUUCCUAAAUUAUCAAACAAGGGGAUGAAAAUACCAUAGGUAGGUAUUUGCAGUUUAUAAAAAUAAACAAAAUACCAACUAAAAAUAUUUCAAAGAGUGGGAAAGGCUAAAGCGCUUAAAGUCAUUUUAAAAUGCGAAUGUAGAAUUUUCGAUGACCCAUUUCACGGAAUUACCUACCAAAAAACAGAUGGAAGUGAGAUAAAUUUGGUACAUUUGGGGUAAAUUUUCUUGAGACUGCCGUUCGAGUUACGGAAUCGUUGCAUUUAAAAAAAAAAUAGUAAUAAUAAAAAAGGAAAAAAACAUACGACCAUUGGCUUUUUAAAAAUAAAACGUUCGUAAUCUAUAGAAAUAUUAUCCCUUAUUGUCUUCUUGUUACACGCGAUUACCUUUCUUGUACCUAGUCGUCUUAAGGAGUUUAUUACGUACAUAUUUUAAUUUUUGUUGAUUUUUUUUACUAAUGACUGGUUGUAUUUGUGUGUAUGAAUGAGAUGUAUUUUUUUUUUAAAAUAAUGUUUUAUUACAAAAUUACCAUUAAAUUUACUGUAUGUGUCAAAUGAUGAAUUCCCUAGUCACCAAGUACGUAUUGCAUGGUGGUAUUCCUGUGAGCAAGUAGUCCAAUUUUUCAACAAAAAAAAAGUUUAAUUUUUUAAAAUAAUUUGACUUUUGUGUGUUGAUUUUUUUUACGUACCUAUGUAAUUAAAUACUUAAUAAAUACUCGUAUGUAGUUGUAUAUGGUAUGUACGUGAAAUGUAAUACUUAAUACUUAUCUUUCGA